AUGUCAGCUCCGCGGACCAAGCGUCAAUUCGCCGGAUCAGCCAGCGACCCCUCUCAAAGGCAGAUCACCUCCUUCUUCCCCACGAGCGACGCCCUCAACAACAACAACAACAACAACAACCCGACUUCUGCCUGGCCCGGUGCCGAGGCCUCGCUCUCUUCGAGGCCCGUCUUGCCUGCAGACACUCAGUCCCACCUGCUCAACGUUGGCAUGCGCGUCCGCAAGUCUGUUCCCGAGGGGUACAAGACCGGCAGCUACAGCGCCUUCAGCCUCUGGUCCGACAACGACGCCGCAAAAAUGAACCACGCAGCCACUCCUCCGGCGCUCCCCCGAGCCCCCUCGUCCGCCACCAGCCAGCGGGAGCUGCUGCCUUUCUGUGGUAUUAACAAGGUCGGCGGCCUCUCCCCCCAGCCCGACUCCAUCCCUGAUGCCCCCGCCGCCUUGGUUCCCCGCCUGCAGCUGGGUUCUGUCCCAAGCAUCGACGACUUGCCAUCUCUUACCAGCAGCCAGGGCUCGAUCGACAGCAACUCUGGCCAGCCAGCCCUGACCAUCAACACGGCAUCUGCCGCGAGCCGGACAAAGAAGAGAGUGUACUCGGAAGAUGAGGAUUCUGAUGCCCCAUCCGUGACCGACUCUUUACAAGUCCCCUGGUCGUCGAUGGAUGGGCAGGUGAGCCCGCGCAGCCUCGUACCUGUCGGCUGGGACAACACCAACACCCGUGUCAUGGCGAUCCCCAAGAAGAGCCGCCGAGCUCACAAGGCGCGCCCCGGGACUGCUCCCUCUAUGGACGUUGCUGGUGUCGGAGGUGGCGCAAUCAUGCCGUUGCGUCUCGACCAAUUGGGGCAAGAGAAUACUGUCGAUGGAGAUUUUCAGGAGGCUGACUUUCUGGACUAUAAGGCGCUGGCGUAUGAUGCGAUGGAUAUCUAG